CAAUGGAUAAUUUCAAAUUAGUCUUAUAACUUAACAAAAUUGGCAACAAUGAGUCUUAGAAAUUUAACAAAAAAACACCAACAAAAAAAACUGAGUUGUGUUUCCACCUUUACCUGCAGACCUCCUCUUCCUCCUCCCAAUCAUGAUGACCCGGACCUUCUGCUUGAGCUUCCUCACCCUCCUUGUCCUCACCCUCGUCCUGCUGUCCCUCUCCUGCCCCGCACGCGCCGAGCCUCGUAGAACUACGUCAUCUCAGCGCAGAGCGGCCCGCGCGCCCACGGCCAAGGUGCGUCUGGCGGGCAACUACGCGCGAGAGGCGCACGAAGGGCGCUUGGAGGUGCUGCACAACAACACCUGGGGGACGGUGUGCGACGACGAGGUGGACAUCAAGCUGGCCAACGUGGUGUGCCGCGAACUGGGCUUCCAGGGCGGCGUCACCUGGGCUCACAGCGCCAAGUAUGGAGAAGGAGCGGGCCCAAUAUGGAUGGAUAAUGUGCGCUGUGACGGCUCAGAGAAGUCCUUGAAGGACUGCAAACAUAACGGUUGGGGCGUGAAUGACUGUAAGCACUCUGAAGACUUGGGGGUUGUUUGCACCUCUGAGCGUAGGCUCGACCAAUCAGCCAGCAGAGGCUACACCACUGCCGCCAGGCCUAAUGGCAGCCCGGCACCUCAGUAUCAGGGCCAAGUGGCCACCCGCAGGCGUCCAGGAUACGGAUAUUAUGGAAACGGACAUCCAUAUGAGAUCCCCAGGUUCCAACGACACCAUAACCACUUCCAGGGUCACAGUAAGGUGCGAAUUGAGGAGGUCCGUCUUCGUCCCAUCCUCAUGGCUACCAAGAAAAAGAGCCUCAUCACAGAGGGUGUGGUGGAAGUGAAGCAUGCUGGGAGAUGGAGACAAGUUUGUGACCUGGGCUGGAGUCUCAACAGCAGCCGGGUUGUGUGCGGGAUGCUCGGAUUUCCAGAGGCUAUGCCUCACAAUGCCAAAACGUACAAGAAAAUAUGGGAUACAAAGGUUGUAGAUCCUUCAACAAGACUGAGUGUCAUGGCAAAGAAGAAGGGAUUCUGGGUAGAAAAAGUUCACUGUCUGGGUACUGAGAACACCCUCUCAGAAUGCCAUGCUCAGCUGUCAAUCCCUCGGAGUCCCGCCCCCUGUAAGAAUGGGAGACAUGCAGUGGUCAAGUGUGUUCCCGGACCUCAGUUUGCUCGCAUCUCCUCAGGAAGACCCCAGGCCCCCUAUCCAGUUGUGCCUGUGCGCCUGAAGGCAGGCCCCAGACUUGGGGAGGGUCGAGUGGAGGUGCUCCGAGACGGAAAAUGGGGGACCGUCGUAGAUCACAUGUGGGACAAGACUGCAGCCAGUGUGGUGUGCAGAGAACUGGGCUUUGGUACUGCCAAGGAUGCUCUCCAUGGAGCCUUUAUGGGUCAAGGUACGGGACCUAUCCAUAUGAAUAGUGUGCAGUGUAUGGGCUCAGAGCGCUCCAUCCUAGACUGCUACUUCCAGGAAGUCCAACCGUGGACAUUCAAACACAGCCAGGAUGCCUCAGUGCGCUGUAAUGUUCCUAAAACUGGCAAAGAAAACACGGUGCGGCUUGCUGGCGGUAGAGUCUCAUCAGAAGGCCGUGUGGAGGUGCUGAUGGAGGUUGGAGGUCGUAAGCGGUGGGGCUCGGUCUGUAGUGAGAACUGGGGAAUCAACGAGGCCAUGGUGGUAUGCAGACAACUUGGCCUGGGUUUCGCUGCUAGUGCUCAUCAGGAGACCUGGUACUGGUCUGGUGACCCAAAUGCAGGGGAUGUGAUUCUCAGUGGAACUCACUGCGUGGGCACAGAGCUUUCAAUUCAGCAGUGUCGUCGCAACAACCAUGUCCAUUGUCCACGUGGAGGUGGAACUAAGGCAGCUGGGGUCAGCUGUUCUGACACUGCACCUGACCUCGUUCUGGAUGCCCAGCUGGUCCAGGAGACUGCCUACCUGGAAGAUCGGCCCCUUCAUCUGCUGACCUGUGCCAACGAAGAGAACUGUCUGUCAUCAUCAGCUGCCAGGAUGAACUGGCCUUAUGGCCAUAGACGCCUGCUGCGUUUCUCCUCCCGCAUCAUGAACCUGGGUCGCUCCGAUUUCAGACCCAAAGCAACAAGAGAGAGCUGGACGUGGCACCAGUGUCACAGGCACUACCACAGCAUCGAGGUGUUCACACAUUACGACCUGCUGACUCUGAAUGGCACGAGGGUUGCAGAGGGACACAAGGCCAGUUUCUGUCUGGAGGACACAUACUGCCCUGAUGGGCUCCAGAAGCGGUUCUCCUGCUACAACAUGGGUGAUCAAGGCAUUUCUGUGGGCUGCUGGGAUACGUAUCGCCACGAUAUCGACUGCCAGUGGGUCGAUGUGACGGAUGUGCGACCAGGAGACUACAUCUUCCAGGUGGAAGUUAACCCCUCAAUGGACAUGGCCGAGUCAGACUUCAUGAACAAUGUCAUGAGAUGUCGGUGCAAAUACGAUGGCCACAGAGCUUACAUGUACGGAUGUCACGCAGGUGAUGCAUACAGCGCAGAGACCGAAGACCUGUUUGAGCACCAGAGGCAAAUCACCAACAACUUUGUGUAGCCUGCACCAGGGUCCAGGACAAAGGCCUUCCAGCGGGGCCCAGAGACUACUCAGGGUGGGCUGAGGCCCUUGGGACCUUAAGACCCAAAUUAGCAGAGAACACGCAAAAGACGCCUGCUCACCUCCUUGUGUGAUGUGGAUAAAUCUUCAUAAACACAUCAUAUCACAGCAGCAACCAAUGGAGAGACUCUGUCCUCAACUCAACCAGCCACUGACAACAAGAGUAAAACAGGCACCAGGUGGUUCAACAUGUUUGUUUUUUUUUAAUCUAGUUAAGUAUGAACAUUUUUGACAUAGAUUCAAACUAUACUGAUUUUUGUGAAUGUGGACUACUAGUAACUUAAAUUAGUUAUUCUAAACAUAUACACAUGGAAGACCUUAAUGUCACAACAACUAAUCUGACAAGGAGACAACAGUAAAACCAGUACUGUCGGAAAAUCCCAUUCCAAAACUGGAAGAGUUGGGAAUCUGAAAAAAUAGGCAGUGUUUUUGUGUAUUUUUUGGUCCCAGAAGUCUGAUUUAAUGUUGCAAAAAGUAGCACAAAUAGCUGUUUUGGCAUUAUGGUUUUCCUAAAUUCUUGACUGAUGUUCAUGAUAAUUUGGCCUUUUUGUGCUUUUUACAUUACUUCAAUAUUGGUGCUCUUUAGCAAUACUGUAUGUCGUUGUAUUAACCUCACUAUGUUUCAGGUGAACGGUGCUGUAAAGUACAGUUUGGGUGGUUUCCUUUUACAGUUCAUUAGUCUCCUUAUUAUUGCUUUGGUUUUAACAAAUCGUCGUUUUAUACAAGUGUAGUGGAGCGUCUUAUCUAGAAUAGAUAAGAAGAGGUCAAUUUUUUAUGGAACAAAGCACUUUAUCUUUUAAACAUCAGUAUUCUAGUUUUGUCCCCAUUCUUUUUUUUUUAAUUAGCCACCAAAUCAACUAUUUAGGUUGUUUAUCUAAAACUGCUUUAUUGUGUUUUACAUUUCAGAAAGUGAAAUAUAAGGUUUAUGUUUAGUUUUCAUAUUCAGUGUGCUAUUUAUGCUUUACUUAUUACUUUAUUUAUUCAUGACAUUCACACUUAUGCAGCAUGCUCAGUAAAGAGUUUGUUAGCUCGCAUUUCAUUAAAAAUGUAUAUUUUUUGUUUUUUUCUGACAUCAUUAACCAGGGAGAAAAAAAUUACUUCAUACAGCAGUUACAGGACAAAGUUUUAGAACGAUCUCACGAUGCAGAUGAAUAAUAGUUGAUUUAUUUUAUUUUAGUUAUUAAAGCAACUGUAACUGUACUUUUUUUUUUCUUUCCCAGUCUCUCUGAUGGGAGUGAAAACUGGUGUGACAAAACCACAGUAUUGUGGUAGGCAGGCAGGCUGGGUUUUGAGAGCAUAUAAAAGCCUUUUAAUUACGUCUGUUUGGUUAGACUUAAGGUUACAGUUAAGAUUGAGGCUAUAGUAUGGGCUUUACAAAGCAGCACUAUGGAAUUGUUGCUUAUGUAAUCAAGGAAAGAGCGAGAAUCUGGAACUUCACACGAACUGGAAGACUGAUUCAGACUUUAUGAGAGAUUCAGCAAGUGGGACGGUGACUGGAAGUAAGAAUAAGAAAGUAAGAAAGGGACUAAGUUUGGAGAAAGACUUAUGCAGACAUACAGUUUUUACUACCAAAGCGGCCUUUUUGUUGGCAGUCAUACAGAGACCACAAGCUGGCAUUUUCUGCUCCCCAACGAGAACAACAUGUUUGUCUGGGAGAAAAAAUAAACUCCUGUAUUCAUGCUUCGACACAGUAAACAGUAGCCUUAUUUUUACUAAAGCUAGGCCUGCUAAAAUACACUAUAUCUUUCUACACUUUGCUGAAUAAGUAAGUUUCAGCGCACCAAACAAUGAUACAAGUCCAUUUUCUUUACGACAUGGAACACAUGUUAAUAAUGUUGCUUUACCCAUUAAUGUGUUUGAUGUGUUUGGCUUAUUGUCUUAGUGGUUAAACCUGUUAAGAUGAUUUUCUAAUGGACAUUUUUCCAGGACAUGUUGUGGAAGGGACACGUCACUCACUAAGACAUCUGUAGACUUCAUUUCUUCCGCAGAUUGUCUCGAUCCUCAACAGGGCUUUCGUGAUUUCAGCUCUACAAAGAGGAUUUGAGUAGCUUUUGAGAAUACCCUUUCAUGAACUGGCUAAGCACAGUCAGCUUUAUUACUAAAAGUUGUUGAAGUUAGUAUUCACAGAUAGACCUGCUAGAAUUGUCUAAAUUAAAUGUUUGCUGAUAUGCUUUUCUGUUAUUUUGUGCUUGUGUACAGUUGAUUUUGACAUAUUGGUCUGUUCUGUGUGUUAUUUAAAAUUCUAUGCCAUUCCAUAGCUUAAGUUGGUUCAUACUCAUCAUAUUACUGUAUUAAUACCUGUGCUAUUACCGUAGCACUGGGAUAUUGUUUUCUUUGGCCAGUUGUGUUUUAAUUUUGCCUUUAAAGCUGAGAGUGUGAUCUACGUGACGCUUAUCUACAAUCAUAUUCAUAGAAAACGGUGCUCUCAGGGACUUUGACCUCAUCUAAAGAGUAAAAAUAACAUUUCAUGUGAUGUGAUUUAGUUUGCUUUUAGCUGUGAUGCAUACAUGAUGACACCAUAUGAACUGGAGCUUUUUUUUUUCUACAGUAAUCUGUACCCACAUGUUUCUUUUGCAGGUAAAAAAUUUAAGGUAUGAAAGUGAUAAGCUUUGUUACAUUUUCCCUUGAGGAAAGUUUGGAUGACUGUGGGUAGACACUGGCUGAGUCAGAUGCAAAUUUCAGUUAAAGAACAAAUCACAACCCAUUCAUUCAUCAUUACUGUGAAUCAAUAAAACUUCAUCACA